CUCAAUCAAUACCCACAUAAAUAUUAUCACUGAUGUGGCAGCCGUUUAAUGGCUGUUCGUAAACAAGUGGUUUACGAGUAGGGUAAUAAACAAGUGGGGCAAUCCAAUCCUGAUACUGAAAUUUUUGCUGCAGGAUGGUAUUCCAAAUCCGCAAUAAUAUUGUUGUAUAAUUUGACGGAUCCACAUGGAGAAUGAAGGUAUACGGAGACAAAAGUAGAGUUUGAGUGCAAAGCGUUUUAGCAAGCAAGCAAAGCCACAAGAGAGAGGAUACUGUUUUCAACUUUCUAUCAGCAAGUCAAGCACCAAGUGCCAAAAUGGAAGGAACUCAUGAGACUGAGAUAGGUAUGAGAGAGAAUAUGCUUUAUGAAGCAUCAGUGAGUGGGAAUACUGAGUCCUUGAAGAAGUUGAUUGAAGAAGAUAGACUCACUGUGUCCCGAUCUUCACUCACUUGUUUCGAUGAGAAUCCUCUUCACAUAGCUGCUAUGCAAGGUCAUCUGGGUUUUGGAAAAGCUCUUGUGACUCUCAAGAAAGACUUGGUCUCUGAUUUAGAUUCAAAGGGCCGAUCGCCUCUUCACUUGGCCUCUGCAAAUGGGUAUAUCGAGAUAGUGAAGGUGUUGUUAAUGGCAAACCCUAGUGUUUGUCUCGUCCGAGAUGAGGACGGGAGGACUCCUCUUCAUGUGGCUGCCAUUAAAGGCCGAGUUGAUGUGGUGAACCAGUUGGUUCGGGCACGACCAGAAGUAGCUAAGUUCCAGUUGGAUCGAGGUGAAACUGUUCUGCACUUGUGUGUGGAAUAUAAUCGUUUGGAGGUUUUGAAGCUAUUGAUAAGAUUUAGGACGGUUGAGGAUACAUGGGUAAAUGACAAACUUGAUAAUGGCAACACUAUUUUGCACAUUGCUACCAACCUCAAGCAAGUGGAGACCAUAAAAUACCUAUUGGAAGAAACUGUGGUGGAAGUGAAUGCUGUGAAUGGAAAUGGUAUCACGGCAUUGGAUAUCGUAGAACAUAUGCCAAUUAGAGAUUUAAAGGCCAUGGAAAUCAGUAAAUUACUUAUGCAAGCUGGAGGCCACAUUGGCCACCAACUGCGUGAUCAUGGUAGGGGUCAUGGGAAAGUAUUAUUAUCACAGCCACCCUCGCCAGUCAAUGGCACGUUGAAGCCCCCAACGAACAAAGAUGAUUGGUUAAAUAGAAAACGCAAUGGCUUGCUGGUAUCCGCAACUGUAAUUGCAGGAAUGGCUUACCAAUCUGGGCUUAGCCCACCAGGUGGGCUUAACCCAAAUGGAAAAUCCAAUAUGGCUGUGACAUUUCCAGCAGAUUUUAAAGUAUUUUGGAUCGCCAACACAAUAUCUUUUGUUGCUUCUCUAAGCAUAAUGUUUUUGCUUGUGAGUGGGUUACCACUAAAGAACAGAAUUGUGAGGUUGUUGCUAAUAGAUGCAGUGUGGGUGACAACAACCACCUUGGUAAUCACUUAUUCUUCUUCGAUGAAGGUCAUUUCGCCAGAACACAUGAUCAUCAAUGGGCUUACGAUAUGGUUGGACUCAUGCUUGGUCCUAACUUUCAUAGUUUUCCUUGUCUACACUUGUCGCUUCAUCAUUUGGAUCAUCAGGAAAGUGUGCAUAAACAAGAGAAACACAAAUGAGGUUGAAGGUGGUUACAGACAAGGGCAAGUUCAAGUUUGAAAUCUCAACAUCUUUUAGUUACUACAUAUUGUAUGUACUAUACUAGUAUUAAGACAAAUAACCCAUCAGAUCUCUAUUGAUCAGCUUAGUUUUUAUCUUUUCCAGUAGGAAAAUACAUCCACAUGGACAGCCACAAGCGAGAUGGGAGAGACUAUGUAACACCCCCGUAUUUUAUUCCUAUUAUAAUUACAAAUCCUUUAUAAUUAUUCUCAUUUUACAUUACGAGUAGAAGCACCAAAGAAAUAUAUGGAACAUAUCAAUCUGAUACCUGAAAAGUACUUCUCUUCCUCCUUGAACUUCUCAAAAGUGAUACAUGUUCACAUUACAUUCGGAUCUUUCCAAAAAAACAAAAUAAAUACACAAAUAGUUCAAAGAGUAAGAGAAAUGCAAAUAAAAAUACCCUGAUGACUUACAUCUUUCAAGGCUAUGGCCUUAAUUACACAAAAUUAGGAAACAUUAACUCGAGACAAAUAAGCUCCAUAGUUGUGGCUCAUAAACAACAAAAGAGCCUUAGUGCUCCUUUCAAAAGAUAUCGACUAUCCUUCACUUGGGUGGGGGCACAUCACCAAUCUCUAAAAUGUUGUUAUAAUAGGAAUGAGUAAUAUUGCCCAGUAGAAGUACUUUUAACAGAAUAUAUAAACGUUUGAUAUAAAUAUGAUCAUGUUAUGCACAUGUUACAACAAAAUCCAUGAUUUUUUUCCCCCCCCUUUUUAAAGUGAUGAUGCUCAAUGCACUUUUGUAGUAUCAAACUCAAGAUCAACUAUGGGGUAGUAAAUACGCCAUAGAAUUCUAAUGCACAAGUCAGUUACAUAUAAAUAUAUAUAUUUUAUAUCAAAAUUAUUCUCACAUUUACCGGCUCACAAUACAGCAAGGCGAUGGGCACCUAAAAUUUAUAUCUUUUCCACAUUUGCUGGCUCACAAGUGGACGCCCAAAAACAUUUCCUACAUUCGUCCGGCAUCAAGCACAAGACAGGAUAAUUGGACACCUUGAAUCCUCGCACGGGUACCAAUACCAUACACAACACAUUUCCAAAACUGACUCACUUCUUGGAUUACUAUGCUAUUUACCCUCUUUCCAAUAUUCCAACUUCUAAAGUAAUAAAACAAUGAGUUCAAAAUCAUAAAAUGCCAUGCAAUGCAUGAGUUUUGCGAGAUAUAACCAUUACCGAAGGUUCCUUUUAUCAUUAUAGGAAAUAAACAUUUUAAUCCUUGCGCAGAACGACAACCCAAAGUAAGACUCCAAUAGUAUUCCAAUUAAAUGACGUGUGCAUGCCAUGCUCCAUGGGUAUAUAACUAUGUUACUUGGAAUGUGGAUCGUUUUGGUACAUGAAAUGGGAGCACGGUACACCAUUUGCUCUAAAUUGUCGUAUAAUAUGGGUAGACUUGUGUAAUUUACGCUAUAAGAAUUUAAAGUACUUUCAGUCAAGUUUUUUUUAUUUUAUUUUAUUUUAUUUUUUUUAUUAUUAUUUUUUUAACAAUUAGAUAUCCAAGGCCUCAUUUAGGAACAUGCUUUUUUAGUGAUUUUUCAGCUAAAAUAUGAGAUGAAAAAAAAUAAUAUUUUUCGGAUGACUUUGUGUUUUUUACGAAAAAAUGUGCAAAAAGUAGAGUAAAUGGAAAUAAAUCUUUAACUCUUUGGUAUUUGUUGGCUUUUUGGAAUUUUUAGUGAUUUUUUAGCUUUUAAGCUACUUUGUGAUAUUCCCAAAUGAGGCCUAAAUUAAUAUUGUAACAACACAUUUCUAUGAGCAUUAUUACCCAUUUUUUAUAUUUUGUAUCAUUAUAUUUGAUAAAAGAAAAUAUAUUGGGAAAAAAAAAACAAAAAACAAAAACUUUUCAAAUUGUUGAAUUUACCGCUUUAGAAUGAAAGUAAA